CGGUAAUGCGCCUUAAAUAGUCCAAUGAAGAAGAAGAAAACGAAAGUAGUUAUUUCUCAGGACAACCAACGCCCUAGAUGUUGAAUCCUGGGGCAGUAGAGCACAGCAUGGGUUGGAAACUCUUCUGCUGUGUUUUUACAUUGAUGGUUGGCCUUCUUGAAUGCCCCUCGAUUGCCAAUGGUAUCAUUCUUAAAACUGUGAAUUUGAAGCACUCUGUCACUCUCCCUUGCAAUGCAACCUGUGACAUUGGCAUCGUUUGGAGGAUUGUGGAUGGCCAGGACGUUGCCAAGAUUGACCAAGGAAAAUUAAUUGAAGGAAAGCGCUUUGAGAAGAGGGUGGAAAUCAACAAAGACCUCUCUCUCACAAUCAGCUCUGCGGUGUACAAUGACAAGGGCUCAUAUGAGUGUGUCUGUGAUAAACGGAAUGUUGCAGAUGUGAAGCUAGAUGUUCUGGUCCCGACAGAAAUAUCAGCUCACGUCGGAGAUAAUGUCACACUUCACUGCUAUGGCUCAACCAAUAAGCAGGCAACCGAUGGUGAGAUUUAUGUCCAGUGGGAGAAAGAUGGACAGACUGUGCUGAAGAUUGACCCGACCAAUACUACCUUUGGCCCUGGAUUCAUUGACAGGACAUCAGUGACCAGGGAUGGUUACGGAGAGGGUGACCUGUCCCUCACCUUCACCGGUGUACGCUCGUCUGACCAGGGGACCUACCUGUGCUUCUUCAACCAGGAUAGUAAGCCAGGAUAUCCACAUGGAGUCACUCUCACUGUUAACGAAAAGCGAUCGGAGCCUGCAAUGAUUGAUAGAGAAAGGAGUAGGGUACCAGUGAUAGGAAUAAAUAUUCUACUUCUGUUAAUCAUUUGUGUGCUCGUGUUACUGGCGAUUCACAAGAGAAAAAGGAGACAGCCAACAGUGGGCUUCACAGUCACGGGAAAAGAGGACACCACGAUGAUCAACACAGCAUCACCAGCACAUCUGUCCAUUGAGGAUCUUCCUGUUCCAGUUCAGGACAGCCAACCGUUGUCAGAAGUUCAAAGAAUCCAGAAUUGUUGUGAUGAUCAUCUUGAUGAGGCCACGUGUCCUGAGGGGAUGGAUGAACGCACAGAGGAAGAGGAGGAGCUCCAUCUCCCAGUAGCUGAAAGUGGGACACUGCUAGAGCAGGAGAAGAGUAGCACAGGGAGUUGAGUUAUGUAUGAAAGUAGUAUGUUCUGGUUGCCAACUUCUUUGUUGUCGUGAAAUGUUGGAUGAAAUGUUCUAUGUUCACUGAAGUGGAUGUGGAUGUCUUCCUAUCAUAGUUUACUAUAUGAAUCGGUAGCCAAUGACUGUAGCUUGAUUGCCUUGAAUCAAAUGAUACAGGGUUUAUUUUAUCUAGGGCCCAGUCUUUGCUGAUGUUCUGCCUAGUCUUCCAGUUUAAAGCUAGUGAUUUUAAACCAGCAUAAGCAUUUUAUUGGGGGGUGAGAGGUAUAAAGGAGGAUCCUUUGAGUGUGUGAAUAUGAAAGGGAAGCUGGUAAGGUAUAAAGGAGGAAUCAUUCAUCUCUCUGGUGGUGGUGCUACUGAUAUUGUAACUGGAAGGUUUACUAGUCAAGAUCAAUGUCACAUUUAAUCUGGCCUUGCUUGAUAUCAAAGGGGAUAUCACGGUACGUGUAAUAGACAAUAUCCCCACAAGAGGGCAGACGUACACCAUAAUUUUUAAGUAAACUAUGAUUAUUUUUGGGUCAGUGAUACACUUGAGACGUCCCUACCCUAAAUCCUAACCUUAAUCCACAAGCAAUACUUUAAUCCUUACAUUAACUAUUUUACAUUUCAACUUCUGUGGGGUAGGCACGUCCCAAGGAUCCUCGAUAACAGAUGAAUGUAUUAUUAUAACGUAUUACAUGAUGCGUAAUAAAUAUAUGUAUUUGCUAAAUGAUUAUAAAGAAUGUUUGCUAUA